CAAGUCAGAGUUGUAAUACACCAAAAAUUUAUUUUCUAAGUGAUGUCUACCAAAUUUAAAAUGGCUGUGAAUGUGUAUUCCACCAACAUGACCUCGGACAAUCCUUCGCGAAUUGAAAUGCUAUCCUGGGUCAACCAGAUGCUGCAGGCUCAGUUCUCCAAGGUCGAGGAGUUGUGUACCGGCGCGGCUUAUUGUCAGUUCAUGGACAUGAUAUUUCCCAAUUCGGUUCCUAUGAAACGAAUCAAGUUCCGCACAAAUUUAGAGCACGAGCACUUGCACAACUUCAAGCUUCUGCAGGCAAGUUUCAAUAAGGUGUCCGUCGAUAAGAUCAUUCCCAUCGACAAGCUGAUCAAGGGUCGCUUUCAAGACAACCUGGAGUUCCUCCAGUGGUUUCGCAAGUUCUUCGAGGCCAACUAUAAUGGCAGGGCAUAUGAUCCCCUAACUGCCAGAAAUGGCGUUAUUAUGGGUUUCGGUUCGGGUCCUAUAAACCCCAAGCAUCAAAAACAGUCGCCCAAUUCCACGCCUCGAAGUGAAACUUCGGAAAAGGCCACCACUAAAUCAGCCAAAGAGAAGGCCAAUGUAAAGCAAGAAAAUGAAUCACUUAAAAAACAAUUUUCGGCACUUUCCAAGCAACUGCAGGAGUAUUGUGAAUAUAUUCCGAUUAUGGAGAAGGAACGAGAUUUCUACUUUUCAAAGCUGAGAGACAUUAAAAAUGUGUGUCUGAAAGGCAAAGCGGCUGACCCGAGAUUACGGCCAAUAUCAGAUAAGAUAAUGAAGAUUAUUUACGCCGACAAGGUGGACAGCCCAAAUCCCAAAAGAAACUAGUUAAAAACUACUCGAAAUUGUUA